CAUAUGACAUAUGUCAAAUUAACCUCAUUGUUUUUAAAUCAAAAUGUUUUAUCAAAAAGGUGCUAGGAAUAGGGAACAAACACUCAGUCAUACUUUGAGAUUCAGACACGAACUUUUACCAGAUUUUAGCGAAGAAAGUUUAUUUCAAGGUACGGAUAGGACUUAUUUUAAAGUACACGUUGAAUUUCCGUAUCCGAUACAUAAACCUUUGGAAACAUCCGAAGAUUUAGUAUUAAAAUUAUUGAAAAAUAAAGAAGUUUAUUAUAAUUCUUUUAAACGUAAACAACAGAGGUAUAAUUCGUACGAAAAAUACAAAAUUGAAAAACUAGAAUACGACGGACAUGAAUAUAUGAAUUUACCGAGAUAUUUGGUCGAGUUAUACAACGAAAAAGAUCCAGAUCCGAGCUUCGAUUGUGAUUACAAUUAUUAUUAUACCGGAGGUAAUUUGGAAAAAUUCGAGUUUAAUAACGAUUAUUACUUAAUAAGACCAGGUGUUGAUAAUAAUUUAUAUAUUAAUAAAGUUUCUAAUGAUUUAAAAUCAAUCGAUGAUGUUAUAAAAGUGAAUUAUAAAACUAAAAAUUCGGUUUUUAAUAUAAAUUCAAGUACAACUAACGACGGUUUAUAUUUCAUUUUAAGAGAAAAAUUUAAUAUUACCGUGUUGAAAUGUAACGAUAUCGAUAAUUUUACAUUAAAAUAUUCACAAAAACAUAAACAUUCGAUUUUAGACGCUAAAUUAAAUAAAAAUACGAAAUUAGGUGUGAUAUUUUCGUUUGGAAAGUUUUUUAUAAAAGAUAUUGAAAAAUGUUGUAUAAUUUCGAGUUUUUCCAACGAUUUAGUACAACAAAUCGAUAAUUUUCAACAAUUCAAAUUCUUAGAUGACAAUAACGUGAUAUUAGUAGAUAGAAGUCGCGUUAAGUUAAUAGACGUUAGAAAUAAUGAAGAGACGAUGUGUUUCGAACCGAAACUAUUACAUUGCAACACUUUCUGCAAUUUCGAGGUAUUAGAUACAAAAUUACUACUCACGUCUCGUCAUUACGUUCUUAAAACAGAUAUAAGACAAUUUAAAGACGUUUAUCAUUACACACACCUGUUAGAAGACGUUCCUUGUUAUAUGGAUUAUACGACGAAAGAUGACGAUACUUAUUUAGUAGUUUCGGGGCAGAAACACAACAGUAAAGUAUUAUUUACAGGGAAAUCACCGUAUUCGGUACCGUUUAAGAUUCCCUGUUUAAAAACAACACUUACAAAAACGAUGUUAAAACGACCUUCGUUAUGUUUAGACACUUAUUUGGAACCGAAAUUGUUAUAUUCAGUAUCGGGGCUGAAACUUGUCAAAAUCAAUGAUGAAAUUUGUAUUUUCACGUCGAAUUGUAUGGGAGAAAUAUUUAAACAAAAAGUUUACGAAAUACAACCUGAUAAUAAUGAUUCGAUUAUGAUGAUGGAUGAAUGGUUGGGUAUGAUUGAAAAACCCGAACCGGUACUUCAUUUAACUAAUUACGAGGAUGUUAGCGAUAUUCGGUUUUCGUUGAAUACUGAAAAAUCUACACCGGAAAAUACAAAAUGUAGUAAACAGAAUGAAUUUUUGGAAAAAUUCAAAUCUAAAUAUAAUUCUGUUGGUGUGAAAAGUCAAUUGGCUAAAGAUUUUCUCGACAUUUGGGAGGAAAGUGAAGAAGAAGAAGGUUUCGAAGAAUUGCCGCAAGAAGAAACGAUAUUUAAGGUUCAAAGUUGGAUCAAGACGAGUAAAUUUGAAGAUACGACUAAUGAAUUUGAUGAUAUAGAUAGUAAAUUUGAAUUUUAACGAUUUUUUGUUAUAAUUUUUUUGUUUUAUAAUAAAAAAAAAUUUAAAAA